AUGUCAAUGGAUGGAUGGGGCAAUAUCCAUAAUGAACCUGUAGUAUGUAUUUCUGUUUAUGACAUUAUUGAAAAAUCGGUUUUUUUGGUUGAAACAAUCGACACUCAAGAUAACUCUCAUAAUUCAGAAUAUUUAUUAAACUUAGCUGUAGAGGCCAUAAACAAUUGCCAAAAAUACGAUAAAAUAGUUCGAAGCUUUGUCACUGACAAUGCUGCUAAUAUGGCCAAAAUGCGAGAAGAACUUGCUCAAAUUGAUGAAAUUGGUGCAGUUAAUAAUAAUAUACGUGAUAUUAUAACAUAUGGAUGCAGCGCACAUAUUUUAAAUUUAUUGGCACACGAUUUAGAAGUUAAUAGUAUAAAAUCAAAUAUCAAACAAGUCAUAAAGUAUUUUAGAAAUAGUCAUAAAGUAGGAGCCAAGUAUAAACAGGCAGGUGGUAAAACAUUAAUCUUACCAUCUGAUGAACACUUUUUCUGA